AAGGACACAAACAUGGCGGCCUCCUUGCGGCUGGGACGUCAAGGAAUUUUGAUCGGUUUGAGAUUAGUAAAAAUUAAAAAAUGUCCACUGACAGCACAUACGUUUCGGGAGCAAGUCAGGAGCUUAUUUCAGUCUCCGUCUUUCUUUGGUGUCCCACUGAAGGUGCAGAUGCCUGCCCUGUCGCCCACCAUGGAGGAGGGCAACAUCGUCAAAUGGCUGAAGAAGGAAGGUGAGCCAGUGGCCACUGGCGAUGCUUUGUGUGAGAUUGAGACGGACAAAGCUGUGGUCACCAUGGAGUCCAAUGAAGAUGGCGUCUUGGCAAAAAUUCUGAUGGAGGAGGGCAGCCGUAGUGUGCGUCUGGGCACGCUCAUCGCUCUGAUGGUGGAGGAGGGAGAGGACUGGAAGAAGGUGGAGAUCCCGCCCCCAGAACCUGUAGCUGCUGCAGCCCCGCCCACUCCCGCUCCAGCCGCCGCCCCCCCGCCAGUGCAGGCUCCGCCUCCACCCACACCCCCUCGCCCAGCCACCACUGGACCGCUGCGAUUGAGUCCUGCAGCGAGACACAUCUUGGACACACACGGCCUUGACCCUAAACUGGCCACGCCCACUGGAAUCCGAGGCCUCAUUACUAAAGAAGACGCCCUGAAUCUGCUGAAGAAGGUGGGCACCACGGGCAGACCCGCCCCGGCCCUGUCCGCCCCUCCACCCACACCUGCCCCCGCCCGCGCUGCUGCAGCCCCUGCACCCCCACCACCCUCCGGGCGGCCGUUCUACCCCCCCAUCUCUGUCCCCGGAAAACCAGGGGCCCCUGGCACGUUCUCCGAGGUGCCAGCGUCAAACGUGCGGCGUGUGAUUGCCCAGCGCCUCACCGAGUCCAAAACCACCAUCCCUCACGCCUACGCCACCGUGGACUGUGACAUGGGGGCUGUGCUCAAGCUGCGCAAGGAGCUGGCCAAAGAGGACAUCAAAGUGUCCGUCAACGACUUUAUCAUCAAAGCAGCUGCAGUCACCCUUAGAGAGUUACCUGAAGUCAACGUCACCUGGGCGGGCGACGGCCCCAGGGCCUUGGGCACCAUCGACAUUGCCAUCGCCGUGGCGACGGACCGAGGCCUCAUCACCCCCAUCAUCAAGGAUGCGGCCGGCAAGGGCGUGCAGGAGAUCUCCGCCAGUGCCAAGGCUUUGGCUAAGAAGGCUCGGGAUGGGAAACUAUUGCCUGAGGAGUAUCAGGGUGGAUCAUUCAGCAUCUCUAAUCUGGGCAUGUUUGGCAUCAGCGGCUUCAGCGCGGUCAUCAACCCGCCGCAGGCCUGCAUCCUGGCCGUCGGAACCUCGCGCGCCGAGCUGCGGCUGACCCCCGACGCCCAGGACGGCUCGGGCCCGGCCCUGCGCGCCCUGCAGCUCAUGACCGUCACCUUGUCCAGCGACGGGCGGCUGGUGGACGACCAGCUGGCCUCGCAGUUCCUGGACAAGUUCCGCGCCAAUCUGGAGCAACCGCAACGCAUGCAGCUAGCGUAGAGACGAAAGCAAGACGGAGGGAUGAGAGAGAGAGAGAAAAAGAAGAGGGAGGGAAGUGUUGGGAGAAAAGGACAGAAGAGAACGCGUGUAUAGAAGAGUAGAACUGCAGCACUGAUGAUGAAGAGGGACAGGGGUAAAGGAAAAGGGAGAACAGGUUACCUUAAGAUGCUGUUAGUGUUAACAUGGUCAGACCAAAGCCUCAAGGGAGAGCCAACACUGCACAGCAUCCAUGACCACCGCCGUUCAAAGCAGCUUCACUUUCAGUCCCAACUGUCAGAUGUACCACCAUUUCAAAUUUAAAUGUGUACAAACUACAACUAGAGGGAUCCAUGUGUCAUCCCAAGAACCAACGUCAACCGCUGCCAAGUGCUCUAAUUUUGUAUAUUUUUCAGCAUACAUAUAUUAUAUAUAUAUUCACACAAGUCCGUAGACGUAAAUAAACAUACAUUCGGACUCUUUCUGGCAGUUGGUUUUAGCGCCUGGACUCCGUUGCAUCAGUUUCUGCCAUGUUGCUCAAUGCAUCCUGUCAGUAGGCCUACAAUUGUGUAAAGAUAUCCACCCAUCCACUGUGUUGUAAUUGUUUUUUUUUUUUUCUUCAUGUCAUGUUUAUAGUGUGCAUUAACUUAUUUGAAAAACAUGUCAUCUAAUAAAAGCCUGGCCAUGACAAACAA